AUGUCACUCUUCCCAAAAACAUGUUCCAAGAUCAAUAAGUCUCGAGACGAUCGUGGGUCCAAGCGGCCAUUAUGGACAAUAUCGGAAGAUCACACGCAGGCACGAAAGGUCACGAGAAGGCGCAUGCUCGCUUUUGAAGGGAUAGUUGCUCCAGGGCUUCGUCCCCAGAGAAUUUCUGGUGGCGAAUAUCAAAGAACAUUUACAAGCAUCCAAGCACCGCAAACAAAAUCAGCACCGUUGGGCAUAACGGGAGAUUGGAGAAGGGCCGAACCGCCACGAGCCUUCCGCCUAGGUAGUCUGCGAUUCGACGCGGACACAACUGUGAAUAGUGACGAUAAAGCACGCGCGGAUUUGACAGUUGAUGCAGAUGAAGAGGAACAGCAAAGAGAGUCUGAUCGUCUACAGAAGAAUGAGCUGUCGAGUGACACGACAAUCGCCAAACGUCUCAUUCGGUCCAUCGACCCAAGAGCUCCUGUUCACAGGGAGACAAGCCCCACAAUACUUUCAAGUCUAUUUCGGCAAUUCACCCACAUAGAGCCGACGAAGUUCAGAUUCCCAGGGGCUGGGCACUGUGAGACUGGGGACAAUGCGACUCUGCCCGCGAUGACAUCGAUAACACCUGCCCAGUGGGAGGUGAUGGCCGAAACAGCUUUAGCACCUCUUGAGUAUGAUUACACAUCAUCCCAUGACGAGGAGCUGCGACCUCAACCAUAUGACUUGGAGGACCUCGCAGACCUCACCGCGAGCCACCGGGCCAUUCCAGCUAAUUGUGUUAUACAUGUGUGA